AUGGACUCCUACACCCAAUUCACAGACAGCCCCCACCUUAUGUCUAUGACAGGUGUCUCCCGCCCGUCUUGCGAGCCAUAUGACUCCUCACUCCCCGCCGACCACCCAUUUGUCACCCGUGCGACGCAUUACCAGUACCAACUGUCCCCUAUAACCAGGGACGAACAAGGGAACUUGAAAGCUCGCGACGCUGCUCUCACCGCGCAGCCAUGGUGGAAAACCGAAGAACAAUCAUUCGCAAUGAGCUACAUGCCUCCAGACUUGACUUAUACCGACCCAAGUCGUUUUGAGCCCUGGAAUAGUGGUAUCUCCACUAUCUCCGACCCGCAAAGUCCGCGCAGCAGCAACAGCGGCAGCUUACCUGGGAUGAAUUGCCUCGCAUCGCCUGGAUUCCGGCAAGAGGAUACCAGAACUAUGAGCAUGACUGGCGUUGAUGAUCAAACCGGCUAUCUCCCCGCGGAUGCACUCAUCGAAACCACAUCUCUCAACCACUCCUUAUUAUCAGCAAAGCCACGCAUAUUCGAGAUUCAACCCGACCACCGAUCUCCCUACGACCCAGAAUUUGAUACCUGGUCUGGCAGUCAAUCAGACCGCAACGUCACACCCGAUCAAUCAUGGCCGUCCCCAGUCCCCGUCGAGGGCAUAUCGUUCGCUUCUUCUUCUUCUUCAAAUCGGCGCUCCGGCGGCCGCCAACCUAGUACAUCUACACCCACCUCAACAACAUCAACCUCUCGAGUCCGCAAAGGAUCCGCGAAAAGACCAACCUCCACACAAGGCCGCACCCGCCGACGAGGCAUAACCAGCACCGGCGAGACCACCAACACACGCACCUUCGUAUGCAGUUUCGCACCAUACGGUUGCCCAAGCACAUUCGUCUCCAAAAACGAAUGGAAACGCCACGUCACAUCCCAACACCUCCAACUCGGCUUCUACAGAUGCGACGUAGGCAAAUGCAACAUCCACCACUCACCACCACCAAACACAAAUACAAACACAUUCCUCACAUCCGCAUCCUCGCGCGCAAAUUCCCCAACCCCAAUCCAACCAAACGACUUCAACCGUAAAGACCUCUUCACCCAACACCACCGCCGAAUGCACGCCCCCUGGACAAGCACACGGCAGAUGCCCAGCGCCACGGAAAAGGCCGCCUUUGAAACGAGUCUCGAUGAGGUUCGGCGGAGAUGCUGGUUCGGGCUCCGGCAGGCGCCGCAGCGGAGCUCUUGCGGGUUCUGUCAGGAAGUUUUUAGUGGGGAGGGGAGCUGGGAUGCGCGGAUGGAGCAUGUUGGACGGCACUUUGAGCGGGAGGAGAGGGUUGCUCUUGGGGAGGAGAGGGAGGAUGGGGCGUUACGGGAGUGGGGGCUUCGUGAGGGGAUUCUUGUGAUUGUUGGUGGAAGGUGUCGGUUGGGUUCUUUGGUGGGGGAUAAUUGA